CGUCACUGUCUUCAGGUGUGCUGGCCUUCAAAUACGGCCCGGAGCGCGCGAUGCCAGCAGGUGAUUUGACUGCUCCGUUUCCUCGUUUAUUCAGCUAUUCAAAUGACGAGUCACUGUCGCGGAGGGAAAGAGAGAAGCUGGGCUCUGAAAGACAAACACACCAUUUUGGCUCGGUCUGACCCGAGCUCCGAGGGAGUCCGUGCCAGUGACCGACAUGAUGAUGGUGUGGUGUGGAAGGACGCGGGACGUCGACCAGCGGCGGCUGUAACAAAAAAAAAACAAAAAAAACCAAACAAGACAAGACAAGCUGUACAAGGAGCAUCUUCAUCGUUCCUUCAUCCUCCAUAUCUGAUGCCCCGUGAUCCUGCUGACUGCUGAAGGCUCUACGUCCUCCAUCCGUUUGUCUCCUCGCAGCUUCACCCUCCUCUUCUUAAUCACUCCUCCGUACGUCUGCCCUGCAGUCAUGAAUCCCUACAGCAGCACAAACUUGGACUCUCGCCCAUACGAUGACAUCACUGCUGCAGCUCCAUAUUCACCUCCGGACCCAUCUGAUGAUUCCCAGAAUCCACCUUUGUCAGCCACCUUACAGUCUCCUCCUCUCAUCCAGACAGAUCAUAGCUACCUGACAGUUUUGAGCCAUAACUCCCCACAUCAGGCGUCAUCAGACCAAGAUGGAGGUCACAACCUGCUCCCAUCACCAGACUACUCCAGCAUACCGCUUCCAGGCUCGGAGUCAGGCCUCAGCCUGGGAUCCAGGCCUCAGUCCUGGCUAGCUCCAUUCCGAUCGACCUCCCCAACUCCAUCAACAGUGAACCCCUACCCUGCCCCCUCCACACCCCCCUCCUACCAGUUGUCGGUAAUCAUCCCCUCCCCAGACCUCGGCCCGUCUCCUCUCCAGUCUCAGUGUUCCGAGGACAGCUGCCCGGACCUGGAGUGCGCCAUCUGCUUCAGCCAGUUCAACAACAUCUUCCGCUGUCCCAAGAUGCUGAAUUGCAAGCACACAUUCUGCCUGGAGUGCCUGGCACGCAUUAACAUCAAGUCGGCUGAGCCCAGUGCAAUCCAGUGUCCGCUUUGCCGCGGCCUCACGCCCCUACCCACCCUCGGGCUCCCAAGACUGGCCACAGACUCGGGCGUGCUGUCCUACCUGCCGGCCGCCAUGCAGAGGGUCUACAGCAUCCGCUUCCUCCGCAACAAAGGGAAGCUUCAGGUCAAAAGGUCAACUGAAAAUCGUCGUCGUUGGACUCGGAGGUCGCUGGCGUCUGUGAGAUCUCUGGAUGUGGGGCUGCCCAGCCCGUCUUCCGAGGAUGGCAGUGAGGCAGGCGGAGCUCUGUUCAGACUGACAGGCCGGCCGAUGUGCCGAGCCUUCCUCCUGACGUCUGUGGUGAUGAUGAUGGUGCUGCUGACUGGCAUCAUCAUUUUCAUCGUCACCAGCAAGGAGUGAGUAACUUCACAUUACAUCACAUCAAGUCUUCUUCCUGCUUUUUUUUCCUGUGAUGGAAAAAGACAAAACUGUAAAAUUCCACAAUCUCGAGGGAAUUUUAUAUCUGAAUGUAGUUAAUGAGUGACAUCUGUUUCACCGCUGCGGUGAAAAGAUGGAAACAGAUCCAGAUGUGCAAUAAAACCCAUCGUUCCAAGCUGUUGUGCAACGAGAGGCAACUAAAGCCAGGACAUGGAGGAUGAGCUCUUAAAUUUAACACUGUGGGAAUCAAAGGGGAUUGAGACUCACACCUUAGCUGAGAAAGUAGCUCUGAAAAUGAGAUGCGGUGGGAUUGAAUCUGCUUUUAUCUUGUGCCAAAAGUUUCAGAUAAUCAUGCAUAUGUCUGAAAAGAUUGUACUUUUCAUGUACAUUGCUCACAGGUACAAAAUGACAAUCAUGUAACGGCUGCAGUAGUAGUAUUUAGGAUGCCGAGGAGCUGCGCUCUACUGCUUUACAGUACUUGGGCCAAAAGCUUUAAAUGAUUAACUUACCGUUUUCAAAAAUACUUAACAGCAGAACUUCCUGCUCAUUUUCAUUGGUUCAAGUCACAAAAUGGCAGUCAGGUAAAGGCAGAUGUGGGGAAGCGCUGGAACAUAAUAAGCCUCUUAACACUUUGCCAAAUGUUUCAGUUAUUUGCCUCAGUUUUGGGGAAAAAAUGUAUGUCUUGAAACUCCAGUUAUACAAGAUGGCUUAUCUGAAGGUUGUUUGCAAUAAAGGGGGAAAAAAGUGCCACCUUGAAGAAUACCAUCCAACAACUGACUUGUAUAAACCACAGGGCAAAGUGUCUGAUGGCUCCCCUCCAGCUGCAGAGCUUUUGAAGUACUCUCUUCUUUCACUUUGAGAAUCAAGCCUCCAUCAAAACAUUUUGUCACUUAAACAUAAUAUUGAACUAAGGCUUGUGACCAGCCUGUGGUUUCCGUUUAAACAUACGAUUGCAUAAACCUGUCACAAGAUGGCGCCUUUUUCUCAUUCUCCUGUUAUAACUUGCUCUGGCAGCUUAAAGCACUUAACGUUGUUUUUCAAAACUGCCCGCGGUUUACGUAAGUCUGUUGCCCCUGGGUCUAAUCAGAUGCUGUAAACAGGAGCCAUGCAAAUGACCUGAGCCACAGCUGCAGUAGGUCAAUGGAUUAUUACAGAUGCUGAAACAUGAAACUUUUUACCCACACAACUGAUCAAAACCUGGACAAAAAAACACAACUCCUCAAUCAAGUUCCUGAAAUAAGCUUGGGCUCAGUAUGUGAUUCUAAGUGCGUUCAGCCUGCCAGCUCGUCUGUAAGAGACUGCAGGAGCCUCCGAUAGUUGGAACAGUCCCAGAGUGCUUCACUGGUAUUGAGUACAGGACUGUGUGUUUGAAUCCAGCUGAAUCCUGUUCAGAGAGACGCUUGAUCAUGUUAUAACUGUCGGUGAUGCACUUUACCUCAAACAAUCAUGAAUUGCCCUCUAGCAAAACUUCCCCCCCAAAAUACUUUGACUUGCAAAUCAAACAGGACCUGAAAGCAGAAGCUACCUUCAUGGUGAUGCCCGAAGUUCAUCCAGUAUAAUAUAUUUUAAGAAGAUGAUUUGCCUUUUGUAACAAAUAUGUGAUCUCUGACUAAAACUGAGAAAAUAUUUUAAUCCAAUGUUUGUCUUCCUUGUUUCUGAAACUGUUUACUGUUUUUAGGCUCUGACCUGUUUUACUGUGCAAUGUAAAAUAAAUAAUUUUAUAUAUUUAUAAAACUGUUUUAGCGAAGCUAGCUCUAUCACCAUGUUUGCUUCAUGUUGAACUUGAAUAAAUUCCUUUUUUUGAAUUAUA